AUGUGCAAGGCAGCAGAAAAAGAUGUUAGGAGCAUGAGUGGUUGUGCUCUCCUACUAACUUCUUGGGCAUUCACACGCAUCCCAUUGUUCGCUCCUAUCAACACUGUGGAACCAUCGUUUCCAUAUGCACAAAGGUGGACACAAAGGGGAAUGAAUUACCGUGCAACUCCUCGUUUCCAUCUCCAAGGAUAUCGAAACACGUUGGACCAUAUGCAAGAAAAAGAUUUUAUAUGGAGGCCGUACAUUCAGUAUCCGGUGCCGCGUCUAGAAGAUAGCCAAAUCUGGAGUGCAACAACUUACCUUGUUUGUUUCUACAUCGUUGAGAUGCAUCAAUCAGAUAGGGUAACACUCCAGUUUGGAUUUGACCAACAGAUCCCUCCACUUCCUAGGUGCUUGAAGGAACACCACGCAAUUACCAUGCGAAAAGCGCAAAAAGUUCAUUGGCAACAGUUAAAAUAG